AUGGGGACACAGGCACCCUGGGGACAGCGGUGCCACCAGCGUCGUCCCCCCCGCGGCGCCCGUGUCCCCAGGGGCCCCGAGGACAACGCGGUGCUGGCCCGGGCGCUGGUGGCCCGCCUGGACGAGCUGCGGGGUGACAACCCCGCCAUGGCCGAGGGCCGCACCCAACUCGUCAUCGUGGACCGCGGCUUCGACCUGGUGACGCCGCUGCUGCACGAGCUGACGCUGCAGGCCAUGGCCUACGACCUGCUCGACAUCCGCCAGGACACCUUCCGGUACGAGACGUCGGGGCUGAGCGAGGUGCGGGAGAAGACGGCGCUGCUGGACGAGGACGACGAGCUCUGGGUGCAGCUGCGGCACCUGCACAUCGCCGACGUGUCCCGGCAGGUGACAGAGCAGCUGAAGUCCUUCUGCGCCAGCAAGCGGCUCCGCCCCGACAAGGUGCCACCGCGGGGCCAAACGCCGCCG